UGGGGGCGGUGCAGAUUUAAACUUGACAUAGCAGAAGAUGAGAGCGAGCUGAUUAGUGACAGAAAGAAACAGUGGCUAUUUACUACAAAUUGUAAGUGUGCUGAGAAAACAAUGUUGACAGAUAUAUUUUAAGGUAGCAACGUAAAGGUUUGUCUGUAAGACAGAAAACAAACAGACUGAAAAACAGCCACGCGACCGGGUCCAUCUGGUGACUUCGGGCGCAUGUUUUUCUAAUCAGCCCUUCUGAUCGAAUCAAGUAUUUUGACCUUCUGAAGCCUUCCAGAUGGGAUCAGACAAUGCCAGCGCCUCCAUGGACAACACGACGACAACGAAUCACAACAACAUCGCUUUUACCUUCGGUGCCCUCAUCCUCAGCAUCGUCUUCCUCCUGGGAGUUCCCGGCAACCUCUUCAUUAUUUGGAGCGUCCUGGCCCGCGCGCGCAAGCGCUCCGUCACCACCCUGCUCAUCCUUAACCUGGCAUGCGCAGAUGGUUUUUUGAUGUGUCUGACUAUUUUCUUUAUCAUAUACCUUGCCAAGCAGAACUGGAUAUUUGGGGGUGUCAUGUGCAAAGUGCUCUUCUACCUGUGUAACACGAACAUGUACGCUUCCAUCAUGAUCAUUACGCUGAUGAGUCUGCACAGACUGGUAGCUGUGGUGUGGCCCGCACACUUGGCAGCUUGCACUCGUAAACGGAGAGUAUCAUGUUUGCUUGCGGGCAUGUGGAUCGUCGUUUUUCUUCUGGCGCUCCCGGCUGUGAUAUUCAGAGCCGAAGAAGAGAGAAAUGUCAAUGGGAAGCGUCUCAUCCUGUGUGCAGUCAAUCACACCCGAUCAGAACACGCGGUUUUCCAGUACACCCUCGAGACAGCGGUAGGCUUCUUGGUUCCAUAUGCGAUCAUAGUGGGGAGUUACGUGUGCAUUCUCCGCCGCCUCAGACAGACCAGGUUCAGGAAAAUGAUCCGAAGCGAGAACCUCAUUCAUGCCAUUAUUAUAACAUUCUGCAUCUUCUGGCUGCCUUACCAUGCUAAUAAUCUAUUGCAAGUGGUGGCAGCGCUUACCCCAGAUACGUCGCCUUUAAAACAGAGACUGGGGAACAUCGGACAGUCCAGCCGCGCCGCUACGUCUGCUCUGGCUUUUAUCAGCAGCUGUGCCAACCCUGUCCUCUACACCUUCGCUGGACGCUCCUACAUCAAAGCAGAUGGCCUGGCGUUCAUGGCUAGACUUUUUGAAGGCACUGUGCUCAACUACAACGCGCGGACGCUAGAGACUUUGUCAGGCUCCAAAGCUCACAAUCUGUUAGGGCUGGAACGCAGACACAACCUUCAACGUUAAAUUAGAUUGGAGAUGAAAACAUGUCGUUUUGGAUACUACAAGUUGCUUAAAGACCCACAUCUGACUAAAAUGUUGAACUCAUGAAUUGCUAGCGCAUAUUUGCCCUAAUUGUAUAUUACGUUAUAGUAGAAGACGUAUUGUAAUUUUAAAUGAGAUUUAUUUAAUGUAAUUAUGACUUUGAAUUAAAUUUGGCAUUUUGUACCUAACUUG